AUGACAGAAAAAGAAAAAAGUCACGGUAAUAAUGAUUUGUCAACAAAGGAUGUCACACAAACUAAAAAGGACGUUAAAUCAUCUGUAAACGUUUCGAAGGAUUUAAUAUUACGAAAACUAUUCCAGAUGAUGGUAGAGAAUUUAGAUGAGUUUGUUUAUUAUCCUAUACCAAAGAAUAUAGAAUAUAUAAGAUGUCAACUCACCAGAGAUAAACAAGGUUUAAAUAAACAUUUUCUUCCAAAUUAUUAUUUACAUGCUGAACGAAACGAUGGAAAAAAGUACCUUAUAUUGGCUGCUCGUCAUAAACUGCGAAAAUAUGGUACAGCAAAUUAUGUAAUAGGGACAGAUAUUACAAACAUAGUGAAAGAUGAAGAACCAUUUAUAGGACGGUUUCGUGGAAAUAAUAUGAUAGAUAGUGAAUUUAUUGUUUAUGAUAAUGGUGUAAAUCCAAAACAUGUUAAACAUAAUCAAGAACAAAAUCAACGACGACGGCAAAUGGCAGCUAUCGUUUAUGUAUGA